AUGCCAGACCACAACAGAAGUGGUGGCCAAAUCCUUCGCGUUGCAACAUCACUGAGCUGCUUGACCGGCCGGCCCAUCAAGCUGUUUAAUAUACGUGCCGGGCGUUCAACUGGUGGGCUAAGGCCACAACACCUUAUGGGAAUUCAACUGGUAAGAGAUCUUUGUCAGGGUCAGCUGGACAGAGCACAAGUUGGAUCAACAGAGGUGACGUUUUGGCCAGGAAAAUUGAAAGCAGGAAGAUUUGUGGCUGAUACAAAGACAGCUGGGAGCGUUUGCUUGCUGCUACAGGUGGCGCUACCGUGCAUGCUAUUUGCAGAUGGUGAAGUCAGUCUGCAAUUAAAAGGUGGAACUAAUGCAGAUUUUGCACCACAGAUUGACUACUUUGAGAUGGUAUUUCAGCCAAUGGCUGAGAGAAUGGGAAUCGGUUAUACAGGUUCCAUUAAAAGGAGAGGCUAUUAUCCCAAAGGUGGAGGUGAAGUAAAAAUUGUGACCUCUCCAGUGAAACCACAUCUACAACCAAUUACACUGCUGGAUAGAGGUCAGGUGACCAGAAUCACUGGGAAGGCAUUCGUUGCUGGCGUGAUGCCUACAAAGGCCAAAGAUCUGGAGAAGUUCAAGAGCCAAAAAUACAUAACGCAAUUGUCUUAA